GCACACGUGACCGUAAAGGAGUAUACCUCAGGUCACACCGGCUAGAAUCAGUCAGUCACGGUGCGAAUCAAACACACGCUGACCGUGUUUUAUAAAAAUAAUAUUAAUAUUUAUAUUUCAGUCAUGUCCGGAGCGCUGGCACGGGCGCUCUUCUACCCCACGUUGGCCUACAACGUUGUCAUGGAGAAGAUGACGUCACGACGCUGGUUCGACCGAGUGGACGAGACCGUGAUUCUCGGAGCGCUUCCGUUCCGGUCCAUCACCAAACAGCUGGUAGAAACAGAAAACGUUCGAGGGGUCAUCACCAUGAACGAGGAGUAUGAGACCAAAUACUUCUGCAACUCAGCUGAGGAGUGGCAGGCUGCAGGGGUGGAGCAGCUGAGGUUGAGCACCGUUGACCUCACCGGCGUCCCCAGCCUGGAGAACCUGUGCCGAGGCGUGGAGUUCGCCAUGCAGCAACGAGAGCAAGGAAGCAGCGUAUACGUCCACUGCAAGGCCGGACGCUCCCGAAGCGCCACGCUGGCUGCUGCGUACCUCAUUCGGUUACACUGCUUGACUCCAGAGGAGGCCUGUCAGAAGCUGGCGUCUGUCCGACCGCACAUCCUGGUUCGCUCUGCUCAGCUGGAGAUGCUGAGGACUUACUACCAGCAGGUCUGUGAACAGCCCAGCUGAGGGAUCAGGACCUGGGGGGGUGUCAGACCUUAUUAUGGUCCUACAGCUGCUGGAAGACUGGACUCAGACCGAGCCUUGUAUACGAACAUUUACCGAAUGAAGACAAUGCCAAACUACUUGUAUUUCUCCAAGGUUUAUACAUAAGAUUCUCCCAAGUUUUUACUGGAAAAUCCUGAAGUUUUAUUAGCUAAUUUUCUUUCUUAAAUCUUUGCUAUAACUCCCUGGCCAGCUGGUUCCUUGCUUGUGGUUGAAUAAUGUAAAAGAAUGUAAACACAAAAAAAAGCUGAACAAGAACCUUGUUUAGUUUUUUAUUACAAAUCAUCCUGUUUAUGCAACAAAAAUGCUGUCAACUUCCUAAAGCCAGGAGGCAACAUUGUAUUUAUGUUUGUUUGUGACUGUAAAAAUAAAAACAAG